AUGGAGAUGCAAAACAAGAAAGGCAUUGAAAAUGGAGCUGCUGAUCACCUUUCAAGACUAAGAGUGGAUCCUGAGAUCCCUCUUAAUGACUCUCUAUCUGUGAAGAACAAAUUAUGGUGCUCAAGAGUUACAUGCAGGUUGAGGAGGUUGAAAUCAUCAGAGAAAGCAGGUUGCCAUGAGCUGAGUGGAUAUCAAAAGAAGAAGUUCUUUAAAGACAUCAAGAAGUAUUUUUGGGAUGAGCCAUUUCUCUAUGUGCUCAACAAGGAUCAUCUAUACAGAAGAUGUCUAGCUGAGGAAGAGGUCCAGCCAGUACUUCAAGAAUGUCAUGGUUCAGUUAAUAGUGGACACUUGGGAGAUUUUAAAACGGUGGCCAAGGUUGAGAUCUUUGACUGCGGGGGCAUAGAUUUCAUGGGGCCAUUCAUCAGUUCUUAUGAGAACCAAUACAUCUUGGUGGCUGUCGAUUAUGUCUCCAAGUGGGUGGAGUCUAUUGCUUGUCCAGAUAAUGAUUCAAGGGUGGUAUGCAAGCUCUUUAAGAGUGUUAUCUUUCCAAGACAAAUCAAGGCCAUCUUGGAGAGAACAGUGAGCAAUUCAAGGAAGGAUUGGAGCAAGAAGUUAGAUGAUGCUCUUUCGACAUAUAGGACUACUUUCAAGACACCUAUUGGCACAUCUCCCUUCAACCUUCUCCAUGGAAAUAGCUGCCACUUACCAGUAGAGCCUGAGUACAAGGUUCUUUGGGCCGUUAAAAUGUUGAACUUUGACAUUAAGACAGCCCAAGAGAAGAGGCUUCUUCAGUUGCAUGAGCUAGAGGAGAUAAGACUCAAUGCUUUUGAGAGUGCAAGGAUUUACAAAGAAAAGACCAAGAUCCCGCAUGAUCAUAAGAUUCUUAAGAGGGAGUUCAAGGAAGGAGAUCUCGUUCUCUUGUUUAACUCCAGGCUCAAACUUUUCCCUGGUAAGCUGAGAUCAAGAUGGUCAGGACCAUUCAGAGUUCUAGAGAUUAGAAGCUAUGGAGAAUUAGUCUUGGAAGGAAAGGAUGGCAAGGGUUUUGUGGUGAAUGGACAAAGACUCAAGCAUUACCUGAUUUCAGAAAAGAGAGAGGACGCUUCUACAGUUCCUCUUGAUGACCCACCAACCUGCUAA